UCCAUCCCCAGUUCCUCCUACCAACCCCUUAGCCGCCUCUGGCUUACAUCCCCGUAGAUCUUGCCACAAACACUAGGAGCCAAGAAAUGAAUUCAAAAUCUCCAUUGGACGAGGAGCUCAUGGUCAAAUGUCUUCCACAGAUGUCAGCGGUUCGUGUUACCGUUAGCAAACGAUACCUUCUUGAACAAGCCGUGAACACACUAGGGCUGACAAUUGUAGACCAUGACCAGAUUGACAUGGGUGAACAUGGGCUGAUUGCAUCUAUAUCUAUUAAUUUAUCGCCUCAUAGAGGCUGGGAAGUCACAGAACCAAAGAUGUUCUAUGGAGAUUUUGAAAGUACAUCGCUAAAAGCUGCUGAAUCAGCUAAUCUAUCUGCUAUAAACUAUCUGCAAGAGAACAACAUAGUUGUCUUUGAUGAUGCAAACCUACAACCACUAAAGAAAUGCAUAAGAGAACUUCUACAGGCAACAUCUUGGUCAUGGGGUUUCGAGUUGUGUUCUAUACAGCUUAAAAAGCGUAUCAAAAACAUGGGAAGGGAUGGGGUGCAGCCACUGGCAUCAGUACUUUCAUUCGACGAUGACAUUCCCAACACACCGCUUUCUAAGGAACCCAAUGAAGAAUUUGUUACAUCACCUGAGGCAAAUCCGCAGAUUCACAGCGGCAUGACAAACACACCAGCAAGCGAAGUGAUGCCUGCCUCCUUCCCAAUCACCAACAAGUUAACCCCAGGAACUGGAGAGGACGAAGCUCCUAUAUUGGCCGCGAAGAGAGGUGCAAAGAGGGCAUUGUUCGCCCACGACGAUGGGCUGUGACCAGCUAUUUCAACAUCAACCAGGGCACUUUUGCAAGCAAGCUAAAAGAGACCACCAAGGCUUGCUAUCUUUUGCUACAAAGUAUUAUGCUGGAUCUAGGUUCCUAUAUACCUGGACACACAAAUCCAGGCUUUAAUCAGAUGUUAUGAAAUACUGUGUACUCCCUAUUCAAUAUGGUAACUCCAACAGCAUGCUCCAGUUUUUUUCCAGUUAAAAAACACAAAAUACUUAAUGCCUUAAAACAAACAAGAUUGGAACCUUAGCAAAGAGCCCAUAGUUCACACAUAUUUCAUGGUUUCGAUCUAUAACACCCCGGAUAUGACUUUCCCAAUUUGUAUUCCAACUCUUGCCAUU